AUGGAUGGCAAGCGCCCAGCGAUCGAUGACACUCGCUGUGGCUAUCCUGGCACAAUCAAGCGGCAACGAACUGCACCUGACAAUUGGGAUGGCGAGACGCAACGACCCGUCGAUGACAUACCGCCAGAGUAUCACUGCUACACAAUCGCCUGGAUCUGCGCGUUGCCCACGGAGCUGGUAGCUGCAGAAGCUAUGCUAGAUGAGAAGCACGACGUCUUCCCUUCUUACGCUUCCUACGGCAACACCUACACGGCCGAUACCAACGCCUACAAGCUAGGAAGUAUCGAGGGACAUAAUGUUGUCAUCACAUGCCUACCAGCGGACCAAUAUGGCACGAACAAUGCGGCCAACGUGGUAACCAACUUGAUCCGCACCUUUCCGUCAACUCGGCUAGCAUUGAUGGUAGGCAUUGGAGGUGGUGUCCCGAGCAGUGCUAGGGAUAUACGGCUGGGAGAUGUUGUCGUUGGUACAAGAACUAUGCAAUACGAUUUGGGGAAGAUUGUGGCAGGUGCUGAGAUUCAACGCACCGCGAUUGCGAGGACCCUUCACCACUCUUUUGGCAAAGUCAUCACAUUUUUGCGAGCAAAACACGACAGAGAACCGAGCCAUAUCCCCUCAAUUCUGAAAGAAAAAUUCCAGAAACUUCCGCACUACGGUCGUCCGACAGAUCCUGAUCGCCUUUUCCUCUCAACGUACGACCACCCAGAGUCAGUAGCCUCAUGCGACGAUUGCGAUGAAACGAAACGUAUGCCUCGACGUGCCCGACCGGACAAUGACCCUGCCAUUCACUAUGGAGCGAUAGCGUCCGGCAACCAAGUUAUGAAGAACGCCACCGAAAGAGACAUUGCUGCUCGUACCCUAGACGUCGUGUGUUUUGAAAUGGAAGCGGCUGGCAUCAUGGAUAUUCUUCCCUGCCUACCCAUUCGUGGAAUCUGCGACUAUGCGGAUUCUCACAAGAAUAAGGCCUGGCAAAGGUACGCCGCAGCUGUAGCCGCAGCAUAUGCUAGAGAAUUACUCUCCAUACUCCCUUUGACGGACUCCGGGACACGAGCUGUCUCUCGUUUUAGCCCUCCACAAGUCCUGCUUGACCAGCAUGAGAAACAGAUCCAGCUGAUGGAGUCUCUGAAGUUUGAUCAAAUGGACUCCCGCCGAUUAACUGUGAAGAGAGCUCACAACAAGACAUGCGCGUGGUUCAUCAAGCACCCAGAUUACUGCGCAUGGCUGAACGAUGAGAAGCUCAAGCUGCACCAUGGGUUUCUUUGGCUUCGUGGCAAGCCCGGCGCUGGAAAGUCAACUAUCAUGAAAUUCGCCUUCUCGAGAAUGCAAAAGGACCCUCAUUGGUCGCCGCUUAUAAUUUCGUUCUUCUUCAACGCCCGGGGCGAAUAUUUGGAAAGAUCAAUUGAAGGGAUGUAUCGCUCUUUGCUGUUCCAGCUUUUCCAGGGAUACCCUCAACUGCGAUCUGUACUUUGCGAUUUGUGCUCAACACAACAAGAGAAUGAAGGUUGCCCCAGCCUGGACACUCUCAAAGAUGUGUUCUCUGAAGCUGUCCUUGGACUUGGCCAACUUCGGCUCACUUGCUUCAUUGAUGCUCUGGACGAAUGCGAUGAGCAACAAGUCACAGAUAUGGUCCGGGAAUUCGAGGAUUUGGCUGAAGAAGCCUCAGCAGAAGGGAUCGCCUUUCGAAUCUGCUUUUCCAGUCGGCACUACCCAUAUAUAGUCAUCAAAAGGGGGGCUACGAUGACGCUUGAAAACCAGCCAGGCCACACGCGGGAUAUGGAGAACUACGUCAAAAGCCGUCUCCGAUUCAAUAACCCUACUCUUGUCGAAGAUCUACAAUCAGAGCUCCUAGAAAAGGCUGCGGGCGUGUUCCUCUGGCUGAUCCUAGUCGUUGAUAUUCUCAAUACCGAGUACUCGCAAGGUGGGCUGGCCUUGAAGAAGAGGCUUGUGGAGAUACCGAGCGAUCUGGGCGCCUUAUUCAAGAAUAUCCUCACGCGUGAUAGCAAGAACAUGGAGCAUUUGUUCUUGUGCGUCAUCUGGAUUCUCUGCGCCAAGCGACCUUUACGACCCAAGGAGUUCUACCACGCACUCUGGUCUGGUCUAUCUCAGAGCGGCCACGUUGACCCGAAUCCCCCGGCAGUCACCGGUCCCGAUGCCGAAGACAGUGCUAUGAGAUGCGUCAUCGGGUUUUCCAAGGGCCUGGCAGAAAUUACCAAAUCUACGCAGCCAACAGUCCAAUUCAUACAUGAAUCUGUCAGGGACUAUCUUCUCAAAGGCGGCGGACUUGCGGAACUCUGGCCUGAUCUAGGCUUCGAUUGGGAGCUCCUAAGCCAUGAAAAAUUGAAACUCUGCUGCAGCGCGUACAUACAUCAUUUGCUCAAGUCCGAAUAUGGCUCGGAAGAGUGUGACACGAUGCAUUUUCGAUUCAUGGGGAAUACAAGUCACGAGGUGGCUCAGUUUCCAUUCCUAGAAUAUGCAAGUCAGCAAGUGCUUUUCCAUGCUGAUGCAGCAGCCGCUGGCAUUUCUCAACACCAGUUUCUGUCUCAAUUCCCUCUCAAAGCAUGGAUUUCGAUCUCUAAUCUCUUUAGAAAGUACAAGCUCACCCACUAUACGCCUCAAGCGAGCUUACACUACAUCUGCUCAGACAUGGACUGUUCAAAGCUCAUUCCCAUGAUACAAGGCGGAGAUUGGCGACGCCGUUCUGAGGACCCGUACAACUACCCGCUCUUUGCUGCCUUGGCUCGAGGCAAUAGCAAAUCAGUGGCCGCCCUCUUGGGAUUACCUUCCGUCAUCUUCAAUGGAACGAACAUCAUGGAAGGCUUGACACGCAGAAGGGACUUUUCAGACUGGCCGCGGCGAACACCAUUAUCUUGGGCAGCUCAAAACGGUCGCCACGGGAUAGUAACACUUCUUCUCGAAGCCAGUCAUGAUGCGAAUGAACAUGACUAUGCUGGAUUCACCCCACUGCACCGGGCUGCUGAGCAAGGCCAUGAGGCGGUUGUAAAGAUUCUAAUAGAGAAUGGGGCGAAUGUCGAUACCCCAGACAAACACAUGCGUACACCCCUUUUCCUUGCUGUUAUCAAUGGUCAGGAAGCAAUGGUGAAGGUUCUUGUUGAGAACCACGCAGAUGCCAACGGUAGCAGCGAAAGAACUUUCUCUACACCGUUGUACGAAGCUUCAAUUUUAUGCUACAAAUCUGAAGCGUCAGAAGCAAUUGCUAAGCUUCUCAUUGAACAUGGAGGAAAUAUCAAUUUCAGACUCAACAACGGCAAUACAGCAUUACACACAGCUUCUAAGGCGUGUAAUGCGAGGCUUACCAAGUUUCUGAUCGAGAAUGGCGCAGAUGUCAACGCUGUAAAUCGAAAUAAUAGGACAGCACUGCAUUACGUUUGCAAGAGAACUGUGAUAGAGGAUUAUCUCAAUGAAGAAAGGGACCCGCGUGGCCUCAUCAUCCUUGGUGAGCAUGGUGGCCUCGAUAUUGCACUCCAAAAAAUCGACCAGGUCAUCACCAAACUGCUCAUUGACGGGGAACCAAAAGCCAGCAGCGGCACCCAUACAGGCAAAACAGGAUUCAAACUAGCCCCGUCAUUUAGCUAUGAAGAGAUGGUUCGACUUCUCAUCGAGAACAAGGCAUAUGUUGAGGCGGCGAAUGAUGGCCGAGCUGCACAUUUGUCGGACAAGCAGGAACAUGGUCGCCAUGCUACUGCCAAAGUUCUUAUUGACAGUGGGGCAGCUCUUGAUACAUCAGACUGCUUAGCUGAGACGCCUUUGAUCAGUGCUGUGUCCACUCGAAAUAGAAAAGUACUCCAGCUGCUCCUUGAGAAUGGAGCAGAUGUUGACCUAACAGGUGACCGGUAUACCUCAACACCGUUGACUGUAGCCAUAUGUAUUGGACGAGAAGACAUAGCUGUCGAUCUGAUCAAGCAUAGGGCAAACGCUUCUCGAAAGGCUCAGCGAUAUCUGAGGGAUUUCUGA